CAGACAUGACUACCGAGCGCGUGCAGUGGCUGUAGUAUAAACGAACAAGCAGUUUAAGAGCCGCACUCAAAGCUAGAGAACCGCGCAUUGGGAGCGGGAUGGCAGGGAGAGUAAAGCACCACGUCCUCCUCCUCAUGGGGCUCUUGCUGACAGGGACCGCUACAGUCCGGGGAAGCAGAGGGGGAGCGAUGCUUGAUGAGGAGAGGGAGAAGGAAAACGACGCAGAGAGCCCGUGUGAAGUUAAAACCGUUACCGUUUCUACCCUGCCUGUACUCCGCGAGAAUGAGUUCAGUUUCACCGGCGGUGGCUCGGGGAACGUGGCCGGAGGAGGGGAGUCCCGACUCCUUUUAUUCGUUAGAACAGACCUACCUGGACGAAUUUCCGUUAUGGAUGAUCUUGACAACACCGCUCUCCCAUACUUCACACUGGAGAUGUCAGGUUUGGGGGCAGACAUCUCUCAGGUGCAUUGGAAGCAGCAGUGGCUGGAGAACGGAACGCUGUAUUUCCACGUGUCCAUGAGCACCUCUGAGCAACUGAUACAGACAACCGUGCCCACGGCCCAGGAGCCUGCUCACGUCCUGCACGAACACAUGCACCUGCUGCACAUCUCUGUUAUGGGAGGCCUGAUCGCUCUCCUCCUCCUCAUUCUUCUCUUCACACUGGUGCUUUACACCCGUCACCGCUGGUGCAAGCGCCGGCGCAUCCCCCAGAAGAGCGCCAGCACCGAGGCCACCCAUGAGAUCCACUACAUCCCCUCUGUGCUGCUGGGACCCCAGGGUAGGGACAGCUUCCGGGGGUCCCGCCAGCUACAGCACAGCUCUGUCAUCGGCAUGCCCAUCCGGGAGACCCCCAUACUGGAUGACUACGACUGUGAUGAGGACGAUCAGAUGGGUCACACACACACCUCCACACCCAACCAGGUCCACAACCAGCUGAUUGAUGGGAAAGUCCAGGGCCUGGAUGAGUAUGGGCCCAGCCAGGGGACACAUACCCACAACCAGCACACUGACAGCCUGAGGAAGGUGGAGGAUAGCCUCCAACACAGUCUGGAUAAAAGAGCCCUUGACCCCAAGCAGGAGACGGUCGAGGCAUUGAUGCAGCGGUUUAAGGAGAGUUUCCGUCCUAACACGACCAUGGAGAUCGCCCACUUUCAACAUGUCACACACAGCUCCUCCACAGGACGCAAGAGAGGCCCAAGCCACACCAGAGUGGCUGGUAGUGUGUUUGGGCGCCAAGGAGACUCGGGGUCAGAGGGUGACGAUGAGACCCAGCUGAAGUUCUACACAGAGCAGCACAGAGGCCGCCGGCGCAGCAGAGGUUGUCCACACAGCCCGAUGAACAAGGCCACUCUGACGUUGAUCACCAUCAGUACGUGUGUCCUGGCUGUGGUUUACGGCACGCAGCUCUCCUGCUCUCUCACCGUCAAGGUUACGCUCCACGUGCCCGAACACUUUGUUGCCGACGGAAGUAGUUUUGUGGUGAGCAUGGGCAGUUUCCUGGAUGUGUCUAACUGGCUGAACCCUGCCAAGCUGAUCCUAUAUUACCAGACCAACUCCUCCACCCAGUGGGUCAGAGAUUACUGUGGCCAGAGGACCACCGAGCCCUGUGAACAGCUGUGUGACCCAGAGACGGGUGAAUGCAGCUGUCAUGAGGGCUAUUCUACUGACCCGGUGCAUAAACAUCUCUGUGUUCGCAGUGACUGGGGACGCAACGAAGGUCCCUGGCCCUACACUAACCUGGAGAAGGGUUAUGACCUCGUCACAGGGGAGCAAACGCCAGAAAAGAUAUUCAGGUCGUCCUACAGCCUAGGCCAGGGUCUGUGGCUGCCAGUCAGUAAGAGCUUUGUGGUGCCACCGGUGGAGCUGUCAAUCAACCCCAUCGCCAGUUGCAAGACUGAUGUGCUGGUGACAGAGGACCCUGGGGAUGUCAGGGAGGAGGCCAUCAUGUCCACCUACUUUGACACAGUAGAUGAUCUCCUGGCGUCUUUCGGCCCAGUCCGAGACUGUUCCCAGGACAACGGGGGCUGCAGGAAGAACUUCAAGUGUGUGUCGGACCGCAGAGUCGACUCAACAGGCUGUAUGUGUCCUGACGGGCUGCGGCCGAUGAAGGAUGGCUCGGGUUGCUAUGACUACUCAAAGGGCACGGACUGCACGGACGGCUUCAAUGGGGGCUGUGAGCAGCUGUGUCUCCAACAGCUGGUGCCUCUACUAGACAACCCCAGCUCCAGCAACAUCCUGAUGUUCUGUGGGUGUGUGCAGGAGUACAAGCUGGGGGCGGACGGUCGCUCCUGUCUCCUCCAGACAGAGAACUGUGAGGGGCCAAAGUGCCAGAGGCAGGACAUUCGUUUCAAUGACACCCUGUUUGGGGAGAUGCUGCACGGCUACAACAACAAGAGCCAGCAAGUCAACCUGGGACAGGUCUUCCAGAUGACCUUCCGGGACAACAACUUCAUCAAAGACUUCCCCCAGCUAGCAGAUGGACUGAUGGUUAUCCCGUUACCUGUGGAGGAGCAGUGUAGAGGAGUGCUGUCUGAGCCACUGUCCAAUGUACAGCUCCUCACAGGUGAUGCUAAGUUCAAUGAGGCUAUGGGCUACCCCAUGGUUCAGCAGUGGAGAGUGAGGAGCAACCUGUACAAAGUCAAGCUCAGCGCCAUCACCUUGUCUACAGGCUUCUCCAAGGUUCUGAAGACACUGACUGCAGAGAGCACCAGAGAGGAGCUGCUGUCCUUCAUCCAGCAGUACGGCAGCCAUUACGUAUCCGAGGCCCUUUACGGCUCCGAGCUCAGCUGCACCAUCUACUUCCCCAGCAAGAAGGCUCAACAGCAGCUCUGGCUGCAGUACCAGAAAGAGGUGACAGACCAGGGCAGCAGGCGCGAGCUCAAAUCCAUGCCCUUCAUCAGCUACCUGUCUGGGCUGCUGAAGACCCAGCUACUGGCGGAGGACCUGGUGAGCGGUGUGGAGAUUCGCUGUGAGGAGAAGGGCAGCUGCCCCUCGGCCUGCCACCUGUGCCAUCAGGCAGGCCGUGAGCAGCCCUUGCCCAUCCCCGUCCUGCUGGAGGUCAGCCGCAUCGUGCCCCUUUACAGCCUGGUGCAGGACAACGUCACCAAGGAGGCAUUCAAGAGUGCCACCAUGAGCUCAUACUGGUGCACAGGCAAGGGCGAUGUCAUCGACAACUGGUGUCGCUGUGACCUGAGUGCCUUCAGUAAAGACGGCCUUCCCAACUGCAGUCCCCUGAGGAAGCCUGUGCUUAGACUGGCCCCUCACCUGGAACCCUCCAGCACCAUGGUGGCCCUGGAGUGGUUGGAUGUGGAGCCCCUGAUUGGCUAUAAGGUCUCUGAUUACAUCAUUCAGCACAAGCGGGUGGAGGACCCCUCAGAGGCAGAGAUCUACACAGGUGAGUUGUUAAGUCUGGUGGAUGACCUGCUCUCAGGUCUUGGUUCGUCCUGUGUGGUGGCGGGUCGAAGGAACGGAGACCAUCCUCACUCUGUGCUCUACUCGCUGGUCUUCAAGUGCCUGGAGCCCGACAGCCUCUACAAGUUCACCCUAUAUGCUGUGGACAGUCGAGGGAGUCGUUCAGAGUCUAGUUUCGUCUCAGUGCGGACGUCUUGUCCAAUGGUAGAUGAUAGCAGAGCAGAAGAGAUAGCAGACAAGGUAUAUAACCUGUACAACGGCUACACCAGUGGCAAGGAGCAGCAGACGGCCUACAACACUCUGAUGGAGAUUCCCCCUCCGCUGCUUUACAGGGUGCAGCACCACUACAACUCCCACUACGAGAAGUUUGGAGAUUUCGUCUGGCGGAGCGAAGAUGAGCUGGGACCCAGGAAAGCACAUCUGAUCCUGCGCAGAGUGGAGAGGAUCAGCCGGUACUGCCGGGCCCUGCUCCACAGCGCAUACAUUCAGAGCCGCACAGACACCAUGGCCUACGUGUUCUGUCGCAGCGAGGAGGUUCGGCCCACCAGCAAAGUGUGGCAUGGCUCCCUGCAUGAGACCCGCACCACCUGCAUGGAGAAACUGAUCUCAGUACAACGCAGCACAUACGGCAACGCCAAGCUCCGAUGAGACAAGCUGCCCGACAACACAAUGACAGCCGCCUCCUCCUCGUUUCUGGUCUCUCCACUGACUGGUAUUUUUCCAAAUCCGGAGAGCCCUGAAACCUCAACCCCACUGGACAUUGUUAGAACUACUGUCAAACACCCUCAAAUGUUUUUUGGGGAAAAGUGCUAAGAACUGCUUGAAGAGGAAAGACGGUUUGGAUGUACAUGCCAGUGACUACUGACCACCACUAUCAAUGAGGAGGACAAUGUGAGCAUGUAAAUUAUCAUUCAACCCAGAGCAAAUUGGUUGGCAAAAAAAUACUGAAUGUAAUAUUGCAGUUUCUCAUUGUACUUCGACUGGAAGCGUACCAGGGAUACAAACAAACAAAAAACCAACUCCCUGUUUGUCUCUCCUCUUGGCUGGAGAGAUGUGAAAGAGAGCGUUUAGAUUUGAUUUGAUUCAUUGGUAAUACUUAAACAUAUCACCACUACAAUAAUGUGGUCUUUUUAAUGCAGACAACAUAGUGUUUAUAAUAAAGGCUACGGAGAAAUCCUGUGUGACGGAUUGUGAUGUCAUCGGCUGUACCGUACCGUGAGUUAACGCUUUGCAGCUAGAAAAGUCCUCAACCAGCAGUGUUUCCUUUGUUUGUUUGUUUGUUUAUUGUUGUUUAUCUCCUCAGAUGUUGACAAAGGUGGAGAGCUCCUAAACCACAGGGAAAAUCCAUAUUUCAAAAAAGAGUCCAUUAAUAUGGUCAACUGGUGAAUAUAGGUAAAGAAAAAUAAAACAUUUUCAUUGGAAAAUAUUCCAAAUGACUUGAAGAUUUGAUGCUAUAUGUAUGGAUUGCAGAGUGUUGGCAGGUGAAUGCCAAUGAGUAAUGAAACGCUAUAAAGGAAUCAUGUUUAAUCAUAUGGAUCUUGUAGGAUCCCUUCCCUCAAGGAAACAUUUACUUGACUUUCCAUCUCUCAAGAGCCAUGGACAUAAAAAUCCAACUCGUUGUUUUUUUGUAUUGAUUAUCAUUUCACGUUAUAUCAAUUGUAAUAGUAAAUUAUUAUAUUGUAAAUAUGAAAUUGUAAAUAACAUAUGUAUUAUUAUGUGGCUUUAAUUGUCUUUUUUUCGAGAGAAUGUGAAAUAUUAAAUACUAUAUAUCACAAGCAUCUGCAUUAUUUUGGACAAGGAGAAAGUAGCUCUGUUUAACCAAUUGAUUCACAUCUGCGGUAUAGGCUAUACCACACUCCAUGGGUUGGGGGAGAAAUGUAAAGAUCAUGAUGAACUCAAAACACCUGCAUUGUCAUAUGGAAUUAUUGAAAAACAACAGCUGCAAAUGAAUGGGAACUUGUAUGUAAUGUCCCUCAGGAUUACCUGUGAAUACUUUCCUACAUCAUCUACCCCUUCACUCUGCUUACGGUAGGUAAGUAACAACCUGUACUGGUGUUUUUUUUCCCACCAUCAAUAGUGGACCUCGAACAAAAUAUUUACAUUCAUUUCCACGGGGGAAAUAAGUCCCUGUGGCAAUGAGCAGGUAUAUGGUAUGACUAAUGCCAGUUAAUAACAUUACUGAAGGUAUCCCUCUCUCUCUCGUUCUCUCUCGGGAAACAUUCUCUUUUUCCAUCUCCUCUACACAAACUAUUCCUUCACUCGGGUCCAGUCUCUUUCCACUCAUGCAACAUUAAACUGUGCUUUAAAACACAGUAGACUAAUGUUCAUUCUCACAAAUUAGGCCAUUCGCGUCUCUGGGGUGCCAGGAGCAGCGCUCAGGUUUCCAUGUCAAGGAAUCAAUGAGGGCCUUACAUUUGGAUUCGUACUUCAUUACUACUGUUUUGAUAGUAGCUUGGCCAUUUUCAUGUCCAUAAAAUCAAAGUGAGUAUAGCCAGGUGAGUAGCACUUCAAUGCACUUUCAAGUAAACAUCAAGGGGUCGGACAAUACAGGGUUUGUAGUAUUAUCUACAGGGAAUUGGCUAUGUAAAGUCAUCUGUACUAUUGGACAAAGGGCUCUAUUCAAUCCACAUCGCGGAAGUUCAGCUUUACAGCGUGAUUGAAAUGUAAAGGCAAUGCUCCUGCUUUAGUGGAGACUGUGUUCGCGGUAAAAGCUGAAUAUGUCGGCUCAAUCAGAAAUGACCUUUACAUUUCUGUAACACUUCAGCUUUACAGAUUGAAUAGAGCCCAAAGUUAUCAUGAGUCAUGUUAAGCAAAAAAGUCUGGUUAUAUGUAGAAAUGGGGCAUUCUAUUUUAAAGGACAAAGAAUUGACAACACUUCCUUGGCUUACAUCCACUUAACCAGUGUUUUAUUUCUACAUAAUACAUGACAGGGAAAUGGACAUGAUACUCAUCAUGAAUGAGGAUCCAUCCUUAUGAAAAUAUAGUACACAUCAUUAGAGCCCUGCUUGCCAUGUUCCAGAGCACCGGAAAUAUAAUAGCAACAGUGAAAAAAACAAAGAAUAUGAGGAAACAUCUGCUGAAACAAAAGUCUGAUGUGUUUAUAUGUGCCUGAAAAACGGUGUACUGUGAAUGGACCUAACAGAGUGGGUGCUGCAAGCGAGGGAAGGUGAGAGAGAGAGAGCGAGGGGUGCUGAUGGGUACCUUUACAGUGUUUUCAGUUCAAACUCUAAGGCAAGGGAGGAAAGAGUAAGCAAACAUCUGUGGUGUAGAGGAAGGAGUAAGGAUAUGUAAGUUGUUUUUUGGUUGGUGCCAGUCAGUCUGAGGGUGAGUUCAAGGGGAAUGGUGUUCACUGUUAGAAUCAUUCAAGUCUGAUAAUAACAAUAUGUUGUAACAUGUUAAAUAUUCUCUUCAAAUGAAUGCUUUGCUCUUGUUUUGUUUGUUUUCACACUCUAAAAAGAAGGAACAUUUUGGUAAUUUAUUUUCAACUGACUGCUCCGAGACCCACAAACUGACCACAUGAUGCUUUAUUCAUCUUGACAACAAAUAAAUUAAGUUUGACUUCAUAUAAGACUGUUUUAUAGACAAUUGACAACAGUGUUUGUGUAGAGCCUUUAUGAAUGAAUAACUGCUGAUGACAAGUGUUGUGAAGCAUUAUGGGUAUUGUAUUUUUUCCCCAGAAUGGCUGCGGAUGCGACUUUUCUUGACCUUUCUUUCCGAGCUCUAAAGGUCCUGAAGCUUCUGCGCAUGUACGGGAUUCUGUCAUUUACUCAGCAGUCUCUGCUCUACUCAUAGAGAAUAGGCUACUCUGGAGAAUGGUGCUUGUUUAAUAAAGUUAGAUUAAAGUUGUCUGCAAAAUCGCAUAAUGAGACUAUUCUAUAGAACAGAAGCAAAUUUAAUAGGAUGAAGGCUUAUAACGUCACUGUAAGACAAAACCACUAAAUAUCUUAUGAAAUUUUAGGAUGAAUGUGUGAAUGGUCGCAUGUUUCUCUCAUGGGUCCAAAACAAAACAGCGCACGCCACUAGGCAAAAUACACAGGUAGGCUAUGCUACAGUGUGUUAACUCCAUCUGCUCUAACAUUCACUCACUGUACAUUAUUCAAAACAACACUGUAGGCUACUUCCAACACUGUAUAACUCAAGAUCUAAACGCAUAUCCCCAUGAAACGGAUUGAGAUCAAAUGUUUGGUUUGCAGAUACUGUAUGGAUGUUUCUCCAGUAAAACAUAUCGUUAAAUAUUGACAGUGAGAAAUAUGAAAGGCUGGAGAGAACAAAAAUGUGUGUCUAAAGUAGAGGUAAAGAAAUACGUUUUUUUUUUUGUCUUUGGUUCGGUUCUGUUGAAUACUAUCAUUAUGUGAUCUUGCAGACAUUGAUUCAGCUUGGUUUAACUUUAUUCAAUGAGAGUAGCCUGUUGUC